GGAGUUGACGCAUGUUUUUGUGUCAAUUGUCAAAACUCUUAACUCAAACGAUAUUUUGGCGGUUCAAUUUUGCGGCAUGUUUUUAGUUAUUUGAAUUAUAAAUACUGUCUUUUAUAACUAAACAAUGGCUGAAAAACUCGAAGAUCUCAACUUGCCGCUAACGGUCGUCACUAGAAUCGUGAAAGAAACAUUACCAGAUGGAGUAGCUAUAUCCAAAGAAGCCCGUACCGGUUUAGCAAAAGCAGCAUCAGUUUUUGUGUUAUACGUGACCUCAGCGGCCACGAAUAUAGUUAAAAACAAUAAGAGGAAAGCAUUAACAGGUCAGGAUGUGUUAGAAGCAAUGGCUGAUAUAGAAUUCGAUAGAUUUGUGGAGCCUUUGAGAGAGGCAUUGGAAAAUUACAAACAGGCAGUGUCAGCGAAGAAAAUGGCGUCAGGGAAGAAAAAGGAUGACAACGACGAUGUGGAAAUGGUGGAGGAAGAUUUGUAAUACUCAUUUCUAGUGUUAGAUUAAGUUUAGGAUGUAAGAUUUAAAUUAAUACGGUAUGCCCUCGCUUUAAUUUUAUAGUACUAAUAAAGUGUCCAGUGUUGAUGCUGUAAAUGAUAAUCCAUAUAGUCAUCGAACAGACAACCUAUGGACAGCGCUGGGCCGAGAAUUCAUAGCACCCUAGGCUUUUACUGCACCCAUUGAAGAACAUUUCUGAUAAAAUAAAACAUUUUUUCCAAUUAUGAUUCUGCCAAUUGCUGCCACAACUACUAGCACCAUUGGCCAUUGCCUAUCUUCUCUGUGGGACAGCACUGCCCAUGGGAAUUAGUACUGUUGGAUGCCAAACUUAUCAGAACUAUACUUUUGGAAAGGCGGAAAAAAAACUAAAAUAAAGAUUUAUUUAUCACUGAUA